GGGGGGGGGGGGGGCUAUUAGAUCCGGGACAUAUCAAUAGAUGCUGAGUUGAAAUGCGGAUCACGUCUCUCCAGUCCCCCUUCAAAAUAUUGGCCCUUCUCGUCUCCAUCAGGGCCAUCACUUAUCCAAGUCAUCCGCAAGUUAUCUACUAUGUUGCUCUCACCGAGGACCCUACUGCUCUGGCUGAGUGCCAUGUUCGUUGUUCUUACCGAACAGAGUGGAGGGACUCAGGUCAUCACCUUGCAAAUGACCAUGACCACCCAUGGUACCCACACUCAGUAUAUCACAUCAACCGUCGUCCAGACCUGCACCAACACCCAAGGUCGCCCCUCUACAAUCCUGUCCAGCCAAACCCAAGGCCAUGGCUCGACUGUCAACGAAACUUCCCCUGCUGGACGUGGAACUGAGACACAACGAACAGGGCCCACUGCGUCUGGGUUACACAGCACCGAACGCGGAACGGAGACCUCGGGGAAGACGUCAACUACGAAGUCAGUGGUAGGGGCAUCCACCACUUUGCCGAACACUGCCAGCACCGCAGACACUGUAUCUGGGAACGACGGUACGGCAACAGAUACCAGCACAGUAGUCGGAGGAGUAAGUAAGACGGUAUCAUUUCCAAUUGACUCUUCUUCUACGACUGUCACUACCCGAGGAGAGACGUCCAACUUGCUUCCCCCGGCUUCAACGACGUCUUCUGGAGGCGCGACAUCCAUUCCCACGUCUGGGGCCCAGCGUACCGCCGUCCCAUCGGGAAAUCCCUCGUCCGACAGCAGUCGGACUGUCCAGUUCUCAUCUACGCUUAGCUCGACAACAUCUGUCACAUCGGAAGAUAGUUCAGCACCGGCGCCGAGCUCCAGUGAGGCUGCCGGCGGGGACAGCUCCACAAUCCCCUCAACUGUACCCUCGUUGACGACUCUGGCCACCAAUGGGCAAACCUUGACCGUACCAGCUUCCCCCCGAAGCUCUGCUACGACGGACGCAAACAGCUUGUCUGUCAUAUCCAGUUCAGGAAUUAUUAUUAUUGGAACGGACACCUUCAGUGUGCCACUUGGCCCCGACCCAGUGACUCUGACUACGGACGGGCACACGUUCACCUUUCCGCCCGCACCAACUACCUCACUAUCGUCCCCGUUGGCACCAGCGACCUCACUGUCGUUCCCGUCGGCGCCCCCAACCUCACUGUCCUUUCCUUCAGCACCUUCAGCACCUUCAACCUCACUAUCUUUCCCUUCGGCAUCAUCGAUUUCACUCUCAUUUCCGACCGCUCCUCCUCCUGUCCCGACCGACACGACACAAUCGUCUUCAUCAACUACAGGGGGAGCGGCUUUGGUGACAUACACAACUUGGCCGCCAGAUGCUGUCAUCAUACCCGUCACAACAUCAGUCUCUAACCCGAAGAAAGAGGGUGGCAGGAGUGUUACUCCGUGCAAGCUGUGGUUCUUCUGGAUUUGCAUCCUGACAGACGACAUCAAGAUCGGCGGUUGGGAAUGGUCCUUGCCCCCGGGCGUCUACCCACCGGGACCGAUACCACUGCCGGUCAUCAAGCUUCCGCCGGGGGUUGAGAUCCACGGGUCUCUCCCACCGUGGCCGAGGAUCACUGUCGGCAACGACGGCAUCCCUACAUACUCGUCCGAGCCGGAUCAGUGCGUAACCAAGACAGCAUCACUUUGUGUAACGACCACCUCAAUAGGGGCGUCAACAACACAAGUCGCCUCGGCCUGCGAACCGAUCCGAGGCUGCGACGUGGAGGAUUCAGCCACGACAACGGCAACAUCGUCUGGCUGCUCUACCUCCACAGUUACGGAUUUCAUCGUGUCGUGCAACUCAGGCUCGUCCACCUGCACGACAAUCAGCUCAGUCGUUACAUCAGGCUGCAGCGCCACUCCGACCACAAGCACAACAAUCGGUGCCUGCCCUGUCGUGCCCACCAAGUUCGUCGAAAUCAGAGAGGUCACCUCGGAACCGACCGAGUCCCCGAGUGCCGCCCCGACCGCCCCGACCGCGCCGGAGUCAUCAGCCCCGCCGACUGCGCCGCCGACGACUGCGCCACCGAUGCCGACCCUCAGCCCGACCUCCGUGUCAGGCAGCGAGUGCGCCUCCAGCACGACCGAGGUGCAAUGCGUAGGCGCCGGAGGGGGCUGCCUAACGCAGACUAAAUGCACCACAUGGACGGCAACCCCUGCGCCCCUAGCCGUGAACAAGAAAUUCUGUUACCCCGAGUCCCGGUGGCCGGGCCACCUUCCCAUAAGCGACGAGCAGCAGCAGCGGUACAGCGACGAGGCGUGCGACUGGUUCGACGGCGUGACGCUGAGAGAGGGGACGGCCGGCGUCAAGUCGUAUACCAAUCGCACGGCGGAUGGGCCGCCGUACUGGUUCAUGGUCGGCUGGCUCGAGGGGUGUACCUUGGAGGGUGGUUUCACGGAUCAGACGUUGGAUCAGCCGAUCCCUAGCCUGAGUGAGGUGACUUGCCGGUCGAUCAUGCGGGAUGACUACAAGGGCUGUAAUAAUGGCGGUGUUGGUGGGUACACAGUGGCUGGAUGCAUAUUCUACGUGUUUAAUAUUUGUGAUUACUUUACGGAUUUUGAUUGCACCGGGUUAUCAUAGUUGCGGCUCGGGCAAGCGGAGGCAAGCAAAUACAAGGGGUUUCCAAGGCUG